AUGGUCGUGCCCGGAGCUCGGCAGGCGAGCACGUGCGAUCUGAUAGUGGUGGUGGCGUCGAUCGUGGUGCUCUCGGUGGGCUCCAACGGUCAGGUGUUCGCCACCUCCGCCAUCCGCGGUAUCCGCUUCCUGCAGAUCCUGCGCAUGCUGCACGUGGACCGGCAGGGCGGCACGUGGCGACUGCUCGGCUCCGUCGUGUUCAUACACAGACAGGAGCUCAUCACCACUCUGUACAUUGGGUUUUUGGGUCUCAUCUUCUCAUCGUACUUCAUGUUUCUGGCGGAGAAGGAUGCGGUGGACAAGGACGGAAAAAUGUCCGACUUCAACAGCUACGCAGACGCCCUCUGGUGGGGAGUGAUAACAGUGACAACAAUAGGGUACGGCGACACAGUGCCUAAGACGUGGCUGGGCAAAAUGGUAGCAUCCUGCUUCUCAGUGUUUGCCAUCAGCUUCUUCGCACUUCCAGCGGGUAUCCUGGGCUCGGGAUUCGCGCUCAAGGUGCAGCAGAAGCAGCGGCAGAAGCACUUCAACCGGCAGAUCCCGGCGGCGGCGCAGCUGAUCCAGUGUCUAUGGCGCUGCUACGCGGCCGACCGCGAGUUCUUCGCCACCUGGAGGAUCCACCUAAAGGAGAGCCCCGCCGUGGCAGUGUCCACACUCGGAAAGGUCAACGCCCUGGUGGCGAAAAAGGCCAGUGUUCUGAAGCGGCGCAAGUCGCGGACCCAGAUCGAGAAGGGCUGUCUGGAGGUGGGUCGAAGAGACAGCGAUAACGACGUAGUCUUCUACGACGAAGAGGCCCGACAAACUGGUGCGGCGGGGUCGGGCACUCCCAACAAGUGCCGCCGCGAGGGUCGGAGCCCGGCACUCCAAAGCCAGACGAGCUCCAACACAGAGGUGGCCUCGGACGAGGUGGACAUCGACAUAGAGGAGCCGCAGGGCCUCACCAGUCUGACGGAAGCGCACAAAAACGCCAUCCGAGCAAUACGAAAGAUCAAAUAUUUCGUGGCGCGCCGGAAGUUCCAGCAGGCGCGGAAGCCGUACGACGUUCGUGACGUCAUAGAACAGUACAGCCAGGGCCAUCUCAACAUGAUGGUUCGCAUCAAGGAGCUGCAGCGCCGGCUGGACCAGACGCUCGGGAAGCCGGGCAGCUACAUCUCCAGCCUGGACAGGAACGGCGGCCUGAAGCCGAUGACGAUAGGCGCCAGGAUCUACCGUGUCGAACAGCAGCUGCUGAUGAUGGACAAGAAGCUGGACCACCUGGUGUCAACACUAACAGCGGUGGCUCAGCGGCAGGCGGCCUCCUCCCCCAGCAGUCGGCCGGCGGUGGAGGAGAGCGUCUGAUGACCGCCAGAGCAGCGCCACCUGACCUAGUGUGACCUGACCCACCUGACCUGAGCGCCCUGACCUCGGCGCGACGCCACCCGACGACCGCACAGCCCACCGGCGCCGGACGGCCUCGAUUGUUUCUGUUUGGGGUGUGUGAUGGGGCGCGCGGGGUCUGUUUAUGGGUGCGUGGUGGAACCCGACCGUGUUCCUGGGUGCGUGGUGUGACCCACGACCGCGUUCCUGGGUGCGAGUUGUGACCCGGCCGCGUUUCUGGGUGCGAGUUGUGACACCCGACGUCGAUGUCGUCUGCUCGGCUGGCUAGGGACCGAGCAUGGUACGUACAGCUUUAGUAUGAGUGAGUCCAGUGACCGAGCCCAGAGGCCCGGCGCUGGCGGUGCGAGAGUGAACGCGGCGUCCUUUACCGAGCUGCGCACGGUAAUGGUGCCACGGCGAUAGACGGGGGAUUCACUAAGCGCAGCUCCUGUAAGUAUAUGCAUAUUGCAUAUCUGGCUUUGCAGACACACGCAUAUGAUCUACAACUUUGUUCACAUGCUUAGGUAUAUGAGUUUACCUAUCAAUGAUUGCAUUUAAUGCUGAAAAGUUAAGGCGUAAAAGCACGUAUUCCGAUGCCUGUAAAAGCUUCCUCAAGGGCAAUUUCUCCUUUAUAAGUAUUCAAAUUGACAUUUUAAAAAUUGAUAGCACUGAUUGACAACGUAUUUUUAAAAUGAAUAGAAUGCACAAAGGAAGCUUGCGAAAAACAACGUAUAUUUUACUUCAAGAAUGUGCGAGUUUAUUUCUAUCUCAAUGAUUGAAGUUUGAACAGUACCGAUGGUUGCUGCCAACACACCACACUUGAUUCAUUUUUAUCAUAGACCUCUGUAGGCUCUGUAUACAGAGAGGUCUAUGUUUUUAUCUAUCAAAAACACGUUUCUAAACUGAUCUGAAAUCUGCAGUACUUACUUCCCACAAGCUCAAUUUUGAUCUAAAUAGUUUGGAUGUAAAGUCCCCUUUCCAACUCUACCUGGCGUACCUUGACUGAAAAGGGUUUCGCAGAACUUAGGCCUAGCUUCUAAAGACCGAAUGGAGCAAUAUGUACAUUUCCUACAUGCAUCCAGGGUGAUCAUUUAAAUGCGUCAGUAAUUGUCAGCAUGUUUGCAUAGUUCUCAUUAGUCUUUUGGUAGAUCAAGAAUAGGAAAACUUAUUAGCCAAAGCUAGACUUUCGCUUAGUAGGUAUAGUACCGAUGAUGUUACCGGUUCCGUUUUGAGUGACACCAACCCGAUGUUCAUACCAAGUGGCUUCACUCGCCCUGUAGGGCCCGUUUCCAGCCCUGCCAUCCCGGUGGGCGGUGACGGCACUUGCCGGGUCACGAGGUGACAUUAGAUAUGUGCCCUCACCAGUCAGGUGAAGCGUUCGGUGUGACGGUCCCACCUAGAGCGCUAUGUGACGGUCCCACCUAGAGCGCGGAUUGACGGUCCCACCUAGAGCGCUGCGUGACAGUCUCACCCAGGGCACUAUGUGACGGUGUCACUAGGAUACAGGGCGCCGCCCCCACCAAGCGUGGCGAGCGCCGUUCGAGAGAAGCACACUCGGACUGUAGGCCGACGGGCGUAGAUGGCGAGGGGUCACCAGUGCUGAGAGUAUGUCGGGCGCGAGUGAUACGGCUCUGUCACAGCCGUCAACGGUCUCGAGUCGAAGUACAAACCGGCUGGGUGCGUUCUGAGCGUCUGUGAAAGAGAUAGCCGCCGCGAGAGGUUAGUCAACUCUGGGCUAUACUUAUAAGUGUACUACGAUAUUGCACGAUGAUAUUCUAGAUACCUAGUCCCGUGGCUGCUGUUUGUGAUACCUUGUUUAUGUGUUUUUGCACCCAAGCCUUAACCCACGUUGUUUCCUGUGUGUAAGUGAAUGUUGCGUCAUGCGUGAGAUAUUUUGAGAGUGACGUAUUGAACGCGAUUUUUCAUAAUCGAUAGACGAAGAUCGGUGGAAGAAGAUUUACUUCAGGAUUACAAAUGCUUUACUCGUAGUGCUGAUUGGAAACAUGUGGAUACGUUGGGGCAGAUGUUGUGCAGUGACUGUUUCCCGACUGGCUCCGAGGUGAUACACGGCAUUCUGUUCUGCUGUGAACAUAGCUGUACAGACAGUUCUGCAAAAUGUUGCUUCUCACUCGGUUGGCAAUCUGAAAGUUUUAAGUCCCUUCGUCAAAAAGUCAUCCUGUUCCUUACUGGAGGUGCUUUGAGACUUUUCUUUUAUUUAGACUCAUCUGUUAGUUGAAUGGCUUUUUCUUUGGCAAACCGAUAAAGAAUAAUUUAUUUUAAAUUAAGGUUGAGAUUGUUUGAAACAAGCGGAAUCUCCGAUGUUUCCUAACUUGUUGUUUCGAGUCCCUGAGCUUCAAGACUUCUCAAACCACCUCCACUACAGCCGCCCCGCUGUAAGGCCGUCCCCUCUCACAAUUGAUGAGCUGGCCAGGAGUGCUGUGGGUGUCGGAAGAGCGAGCUUACCAGCCACCACGAGCGGGCGGCCCUCCUACCUCGCCUCUCCUCCGGACAGUGCUCCUCCGGCUGCCGGCGCACCCACCAUCCGACCCCGCCGGGACACAGCGCGCGGCGGACAACCAGCAAUACGGUUAGCGUUAGUGCCCUUCACUGCAGCCUUUCGCCGUAUUUUUGCAUCCUCGUUGUCUGUUGAGGGUGUCGGGUGUUGGCGGAUGGUGUGCGCGGCUGUUUGUUACCGCCCCGCUGACUGGCGAGUGUGGUGACUGGGUCUGUGAUGCCGCCGGGCUCCGUGGGCUCGGCAGUGCACCGGGCGCCCCUCCCCCCUCCUCCCGUCCCCCGGGCCGUGACCGGUCCCGCUCACACGGCCCCUUCGCCCCUCCCUCCCUCCCUCCUACCGACCGGCUUCAGGACAUGGCCUUCUGAAUACAUCUUUCUUCCACAAAUA